AUGGACCAGUCCAACGCUCUUAGGCGCCUGAACAAGGAACUGAGGGACAUUACCAAGGACCCCCCUCCCCUGUGCUCGGCAGGGCCGGUGGGUGAAGACAUAUUCAUUUGGAAGGGCGCCAUCACGGGCCCAAACGACAGUCCGUACGAGGGAGGGGUCUUUUCUCUAAGCAUUCGCUUCCCAUGCGAUUACCCUUUCAGACCCCCACGCAUUACCUUCACCACCCCAAUUUACCACCCCAACAUCAGCAGACGAGGGUUUAUCUGUCUGGACAUCCUCAAGUCCCAGUGGUCCCCUGCACUCUCCAUAUCCAAAGUCCUGAUAUCUAUAAGCUCCAUGCUGUGCGACCCCAACCCUGAUGACCCCUUGGUCCCAUCCAUUGCAAGAACCUACUUAACGGAUAGGGACGCCUAUAAUGCCAUGGCCCGAACUUGGACCAGGAAAUAUGCGAUGUGA